AUGAAAGACAAGCCCAUAGCUGUCUCGGGACUCACUUCGUCCCUCCCCCAAAAUACCAAAUCAUGGUGGAAAACCACCCAUCUCAUCCACCUAAACAGCCUAAUAGCAAGCCUGAUCCUCUUCUCUGGCACACUGGGUUACGACAUCUCCCUAAUGAACAGCCUGCAAUCCCUACCCCGAUGGCAAACCUUCAUGGCCCACCCAGCAGGAAUAAAGCUCGGUUUCAUAAACGCCCUCCAAAACAUAGCCAGUAUGCUCUUCCUACCCAUUCAAGCAUGGUCCGCCAAUCGUUUCGGCCGCAAACCCACCAUUUUAGCCGGGUACAUAUUCAUGAUCCUUGGCGUCGGACUCCAAUCCGCUUCCCCGAACGCAAACACAUUCAUCUACUCCCGCUUGCUGGUGGGUAUCGCUGGCGCAUGGUUCCAAUGCGCGGUGAUUCUCGUCACGGAAAUCGCGUAUCCAUCCCAUCGCUCGCUCGUCACGGCUAUCUAUAUGUGCCAGUACUAUGCCGGAUCCUCGCUGUCAGCGUGGAUUUCCUUUGGUAUGAGAAAUGUAUCGAGUAAUUGGGCGUGGCGUGUGCCUGUCCUUAUGCAGAUUGCGUUGCCGCUUCUUGCCUUGCCUGGUGCAUUGUGUGUGCCAGAGUCGCCGCGUUGGCUAAUUGGCUGUGGGCAAGUUGAGGAGGCGAGAAGGAUACUGGUUAAGUUCCAUGCUGGUGGGGAUGAGGGUUCGCAGUUGGUCGCUUUUGAGAUGGAGGAGAUCAGGCAGGGUUUGGCGUUGGAGCGGAACGCGCGACGGGAGACGCGCUGGAUUGAUUGUGUUAGGACUUCGGGGAAUCGGUAUCGGCUUUUCUUGAGUGUUUCUUUGGGUGCUUUUGCUCAGUGGAAUGGAGGUGGUGUGGUGUCAUACUACCUAACCCUUAUUCUCGAUACAAUCGGUAUAACCUCGUCAACAGAUCAGACCCUCAUAAACGGCUUCCUCCAGCUCUGGAAUGCGUGUCUUGUCGAUCACGCUGGCCGCCGUGCGCUCUUCAUCACGUCGACUGUGAUAAUGCUGAUCAGCUAUAUCUUUAUCACUGCGCUAUCGGGAAGCUUCGUAACGACGGGUACUAGCACCGUCGGAACAGCUGUGAUCCCAUUCUUGUUCAUCUACUACGCGGGCUACGACAUCGCUUUCACGCCGCUGCUCCUGGCAUACCCGGCUGAGAUUUGGACGACGUCGCUACGUGCCAAGGGCGUUGCUAUCUCCAUGAUGUCGAAUUAUAUGGCGCUGGUUUUCAAUCAGCUCAUUAACCCUAUUGCGUUUGAGAGUAUUUCUUGGAAAUAUUAUUUUGUGUUUUUGGGUGUGCUGCUUGUUGUUUUGGUUGUUGUUUGGAAGACUUAUCCUGAGACUAGGGGGAGGUCGCUUGAAGAAAUUGCGUGUAUUUUUGAUGGGGAGGCGCGUGUUGCUGGUGAUGCUAACGUGAUCGUGCAGAAAAGACAUACUGGGAUAAUUGAACAUCGAGAGUUGUGA